AGUCCCAGGGCCAGCCCCACUCCCUCCUCCCGGCUGCUCCAACAGCCGUUUGCUUCCUGCGAGGCUAAUAAAACAAAGCGCAAACUGACUGUCCUGAGGAGUGUGCUCACAUCGCUGUCCCGCAGAUCAUUCCACAGACCCCAUGUCCCAUCCCCUCUGGACAGACCUAGGAGUGGUGAAGGAUCAGGACCUCUGCCAUCCAGCGCCACAAAGAGACAUUCUGCACACACACACACUCUCUCUCUCUCACACACACACACACACACUCACACUCGCCCAGAGACAAACUUAAGGUGAGGAGAAAGAGCGCUAGCUUCACUUGAUCUCCAGCUUCCAACUUAAGCAGAACUUGAGAGCAUCCGAACUCCUGGAUUUCAGGACAAGUGAAGAAGAUUCUUUGGGCUAUAAAGAUGAAGAGUCUACUUCUUCUGGUGCUGAUUUCAAUCUGCUGGGCUGAUCAUCUUUCAGACAACUACACUCUGGAUCAUGACAGAGUUAUUCACCUCCAAGCAGAAAAUGGCCCCCGUCUACUUGUGGAAGCAGAGCAAGCCAAGGUGUUCUCACACAGAGGUGGCAAUGUUACACUGCCAUGCAAAUUUUAUCGAGACCCUACAGCAUUUGGCUCAGGAAUCCAUAAAAUCCGAAUUAAGUGGACCAAGCUAACUUCGGAUUACCUCAAGGAAGUGGAUGUUUUUGUUUCCAUGGGAUACCACAAAAAAACCUAUGGAGGCUACCAGGGUAGGGUGUUUCUGAAGGGAGGCAGUGAUAAUGAUGCUUCUCUGGUCAUCACAGACCUCACUCUGGAAGAUUAUGGGAGAUAUAAGUGUGAGGUGAUUGAAGGAUUAGAAGACGAUACUGCUGUGGUAGCACUGGACUUACAAGGUGUGGUAUUCCCUUACUUUCCACGACUGGGGCGCUACAAUCUGAAUUUUCACGAGGCUCAGCAGGCGUGUCUGGACCAGGAUGCUGUGAUCGCCUCCUUCGACCAGCUGUACGACGCCUGGCGGGGCGGGCUGGACUGGUGCAACGCCGGCUGGCUUAGUGACGGCUCUGUGCAAUAUCCCAUCACAAAGCCCAGAGAGCCCUGUGGGGGCCAGAACACGGUGCCUGGAGUCAGGAACUACGGAUUUUGGGAUAAAGAUAAAAGCAGAUAUGAUGUUUUCUGUUUUACAUCCAAUUUCAAUGGCCGUUUUUACUAUCUGAUCCACCCCACCAAACUGACCUAUGAUGAAGCGGUACAAGCUUGUCUCAAUGAUGGUGCUCAGAUUGCAAAAGUGGGCCAGAUAUUUGCUGCCUGGAAACUUCUUGGAUAUGACCGCUGUGAUGCGGGCUGGUUGGCGGAUGGCAGCGUCCGCUACCCUAUCUCUAGGCCAAGAAGGCGCUGCAGUCCUACUGAGGCUGCAGUGCGCUUCGCGGGUUUCCCAGAUAAAAAGCAUAAGCUGUAUGGUGUCUACUGCUUCAGAGCAUACAACUGAAUGUGCCCCUAGAGCACAUCAGUUUUAAAGUCAUAAAGAACAUGUGAAAGGUGUUUUUUUUUUUUUUUUCCAAUAUGAACUCAUGCAAGUUACCAAAACUGUGAUAACCCUUUUUUACUUACUGUAAAGAGUCAUUUUCAUAAAGAUCAAUUCAUUGAUUUGUUUUUUGUAAAGCUAUCAUUCAAUAUAUAUUAUAAAUUAAUAUAAACUUAAGGGAAGCUCUACGUAAGGAGACUUAGAGCCAAACUCUUUAAGCUGUAUCAUCCCAAUAAAGUAUCCUUUCAUGAACGGGGCAUGCAAUAGCUUGAGAAUUGCUAGGAUUAAAUUAAGGAAAGUAAAGCUACUCAGAGCAGCAGGUUUUACAAGCACAAACUUUACACAUUUGUACAAUUUUGAAAUGCACUACAAUAAACAAAUUAGAGCAACAAAUUUGAAAUACAGGCUUCUUUACAUAAACUGAGAGGUUAUACAAAACUCAGUUUCACAAGGGAACAAUCUAUACCUUUCUAAAAGUUAAUAUUUCAAGUCUCCAAUAGACAGAAUAUUUUACUCUUUAAAAUCCUGCCUUUUUGACCAAAAAAAAAAAAAAAAAUUCAUAUGAACUCCAAUCCAUAGUAACAAGCACAGUUAAAACUCCUUAAUAAUCCCAUUUAUAUGAAGUAUGACACAUAAAUAAGCAGAUAAUAUUUAAUCAAUGAAAGACUUCUACCUUCUUAAAAUUACACGUCUGAGAGGAAUUGUUUUAUCUUUUGAGUAGCUUUACUGAGUUGUAUUUAAAUUCUAAGGGCCAUUUGCUAAGCAGCAUUUAGCAUCUACUCAGGGCAGUUAUAUAGAUAAACUGCUGGACAGAAAAAUUGUAAAAUUUAGCAGCUUGAUUUUCUGUUAGCCUAUGAAAUGUUAUUGUCCUAUAAAAAUAACUUUAAACUUAUUUAAUAUUCCAUAUUUACAUUAUAUGAAAAUCAAUAACAUUAUAAAAGGAAUCCCUAAUGCAGAAACAAAGACCCAACUUUCAAAAUUCUUAUUAUUCCUAUUUGUAUAUACACUAGAAAACCCAACUAGUGCCUGUGUUUGGGGGGAAAAGUCAACAGUGUAGUUCUAAACCUUAUCCCAAAUAGAAAAUGUGGUUAAUGAUGUCACUUUCCUUGCUGGUCAUCCUUGCUGGCUUAAUCCUUGCUGGCUUAAAUUAAAUGCUGAAACUGUCAUCAAAGAGUUUACACUAAAAUCUUCAGGGUUUUGAAUAAAUGGUUAAGUCCAGCUUCAAAACACAAUUUUCCACAUUAGCAGCUCCAAUCUUAAAUAAAGCUCUGUUUUCCUAUAUUUUUAUGACUGCUGAGACCCCACAGGGACCAAUAUUUGUAUUCAAAUUACAUUUCAUGGUUUCCCAUUGUUUCACAAUGAAUUCUAAUAAAUGGGAUUUACUAUAAUAAUCCAAGUAUGACAUAGCUGGUAUGCUUUCAUGAAUGUUUUUAUGUAGAUUUUCCUCCCAUGAACAUGAGUAAAUAAAUCUGUUUCCUGAAUGGAUUGUGGUUGCAUUUAAGGCUCUGUAAUGAUUCUAAUAAAUUUACUCUAUAAAGAUAGAGUUACGUGUGUGGAAGGUAUAGAACAAUUGGAAGUCCAUGAAACCAUAACUAUAAUCAUAUAUUAUUCAGACAAAAUACUGUAAUAAAAGUAAGUCCUUUCUUUGAUCAAAAACAUACCUGAAAAUUUUCAGAUGCUUUAAUAUUAAAAGAUGACAAUGUUAUGCAUGCACAUUUUUAAGUUAGGUUUGAUAUGCAAACUGUACAAAACUAUAAAUCCAAAGAUUUUGUAAGGUUUAAACUCAAACACUGGUGGUAUAAAUAGAACUUACACUUCUAAAUUAAAGAAAAUACCUAAAUGGUCUAGGAUAAGAUGAUAUGUUAUUUAAAGAGGGGACUUUCUCCCAAAUAACAACUUUAACACCUCAAAAUGGGGGCUAGCUCACUGGAAGAAGUCCAUACUUGAACUGUUAUUAUGUAUGUUCUGAUAAUUUUGUUGGAAAUACAAGUAGAACAAAUUUCUAUUGAAGCAAGCAUCUAAUUUUCAGUUAUGUCCGGAACUCUACCUUUAUAAUGUUAAAUGUAGUAGUAUUUUUUAACUUUUAAAUACUUACUAGUACAGGAAUUGGUGCUGAUCAAAAUCUCUGGAGUGACUGUUAGCUGAUUAAAAUCCAUGGCAAUUACACAUCAUUUUUCCAUUCAUGUAAAAAACAAAAAAAUCUUAACACAAUGAAUACUGCUGAGCAGAAAUUUUGUCUUCUCAUUUUGCUCAAAGGAUCAGAAUUUCCAUGCCCUUUAUACUCCUACUUGAAUUAGUCUUUUUAAUAUUCUCAUUUUGCUGUUUUUCCACCAAAUGUCUAUUUUCCUACUUCAUUACCCAAGAUGUCUCAUUGAGCAUGUCUGAAAAAGAAAGGUUAUUCUAAUACAAUUUCUAACAGAAAGUUUGGUACAACACUGGCUAAUUCAGAAAUCGCUCCUCAGACUUAGAUUCCAAGAGUGUCAAAGAGAUUAGGUGGGAGGCUGGGCUAGGAACCCUUGUUCUAAUGUAUUUGUCCAUAAUUAACACUGGUGACCGUGUAAGGAACAAAGUAUAUCUGCACAUUUCACUGAGACAUCUGCAUUGGAAAACCCAAACAAAAAGAAGCAAUUCAAAUAAAAAGACAAUAUAAGAGUGAAAAUAAGUUGUUCACAUUAACACUGGAAGCCAUCUUUAAAUGAGUACUGCCAUAUUGUAUCACAGUAAUUUUAAGCCAAAUAUGGCAUUUGUAAAUUUAAACUUUCUCUCAUGGAAAGGGGGCCGGUACCUGUUAAAGUGUUAUUUUAUGCAAUAAUAUAGUCACUUUUUAUUUUGGCAAUUAGAAGUAGACUCAAAGGAGAUUCCAAUUUGGUUGCUGGCAGCCAUUCUGGGUUUCUUGAUUUUAGUACUCCAAAGAAUAUGGUGGUCUCAUGGAGUAGCUGACCACUAAGGAGGGGAGGAUUAAAAGGGAAUCCCUUAUCAGUCUUUAGCAUAGAAUGCAUUAAGAAAUAUCAAUGGAUAACUGACAUCGUUUUGUUAAGAAGUUAACUGUAUCAUAGCUCACUACUGCCAGAGUGGCAAUGGAUGUACAACGAAAGAGAUGAAAAAUACAAAAGUCAUUAAGCCACCUGAUUAAAAGAAAACCAAUAUUUAAAGGCAUUUAAUAGACAUCAAGUAUAAAUUUGAGGAGAAGAAUCAAUCUGUAUUACCAAAAAAAAAAAAAAAAUGUUUUCAUUUUCUGUAAGAUACAAUGAACUGGUACAUUAAAAGUCAAUUUUGUGUUACUG